GCCAAAAAGCCUCCUCACAUUUUGCUUGUAGUAGCAGAUGACCUCGGCUGGAGUGACGUUGGAUUUCACGGUUCGAAAAUCCAAACGCCCAACAUUGACAAACUCGCUUCAGAAGGAGUAAUUCUUGACAACUACUAUGUUAUGCCGAUUUGUACCCCUACGAGAAGUGCUCUGGUCACAGGAAUGCAUCCAAUCCACACUGGUAAAUUCUCAAACUGUUACUCGUGUACUGUUACGUAAUACUUUCUAUACUGAAAUUUAAUCGGUAGGAACAUAAGAAAUUAAGUCUCUUGUUAAACGGUGGUACAUGACGAUUGUGCUCACUCGUAAUAACACAAUUUGGCAGGCAAGUCCAGACAAGCAUCUUUUUAAGCUACAUGAGGCGUUAAGUGUCCCUUAAGUGUUUCGCUCUGUCCAGUCCAAAUCUUUUCUUUUGAUCGCAGCCAAAACUUCAAAAUCAUGUCCAAAUGAACUGUAAAAGUGUUUGUGGUGAUAGUCCUGUUCUUCAGUGCUUCGAAUUUCUGUAUGACAUGUUGCAAAAACGAAGAAUUUAAUUAAAAUUAACUUUUAAUAUUCUAGUAUCUGUUUAAAUUACGGUCUCAUUAAACGGCGUUUAUCAUAGUCACAUCACAUAAACAACUUGAAGAGAACUAAGUUCAAUGAUUUUUUACAGUUAAGCAGUCGAUUAUUCAGAGAGCGAGCCUUUGAUUGAUCUCGCAGGAACUUGAGAGUUAGACUGCAUAUGGGUCUACAUUUAGUUUCUUUUCUUUUUUUUUUAAAGAGAUUGUAUCUGGAUUAUCUGCAUGCAAUUUCAAUAGGUUCGGUAGUGUGGACGUUUCAUUUUCUGCUUUGUACUGUAACAGGUCUUUUCUUUCUGAACGUAAAAAAAUCAGCAUAUUACACCAUUUCCAUGUUCCCAGCACUAAAGUUCGCCGGAUAGAACGAUUUGCAGAUUUCAAUUUUAGACUAUUUUGGCUUCCUCCAAGUUAAGCAGAGAACGGUUUUGAUUGCGAAAUAUAUAGAUCAGCGGCUUUUGAGUGUUUCCUUCGACUGAUUUAGUCUGAAGAAUAACCGCUUUUUGAAGCUAAUGUUUUUUUUCUCUUAGUAUUUUGUACUAAUAAGAGGUGCCUUUUUGACUUUGAUAACUUGACCCGCUUAAUACGGACACUUUGUAUGGCCUCUUCAGGGUCCGUAGUAAGGGGCUUUGACUGUAUAGGGCUUUGACUGGGAACGUUUGGGUGUUCUGGACAAGUGUUCGCUUAUUGAAGGUCGUCGCUUACUAGAGGUGGUCGCGCCAUAUAUAUAGCGGUACCAACUGAUUAUAGUCUGACUAUCCAAGAAAAGGAUUUGCAUUUCACUGACAGCCCAAAACAACUUAAAUUUAUAUCAUCUUCUUUUAAAGGUCUACAGCACUGGGUCCUCUUUCCACAGAGCCCAUAUGGCUUGCCUCUGAACUUCGCAACGUUACCCGAGAAGCUCAAGAAAUCAGGUUUGUCAACAAGGGCAAUCUUUGCUGACGUCACUGCUCACAUUCCUCUUUUUUAGUAAAAGGAUUUUGCAGAAAAGGCAACUUUCUAAAUAAGACUCAACUUCAGUAACCCAGAGCUUGUUAAGCUUAGUAACCCCAGUCUAAAAUAUUUAGCUCCUUGUGCGUAAUAAUUAUUAGGGUUUUAUCAGCCUUAAGAAAAGACAGAAUCUCUGGGUCGUAAAAACUAAUAACGAGCGCGAGGAAAAGUAUUCAGCAUUUAACUAAUAGGGCUGACAUUUUCGAAAAAGCCUUAAUUUAGCUAGGUCCUUUUACUAUUCAGAAAUGACAAUUUUUUUGUAACUGGAAAGUUGCCAAGGGAAUUCAAAUUCGGGUUUCCUUGUUGACCGUGAUUUCUCCUUCCACAGGUUAUGCCACACAUAUGAUCGGUAAAUGGCACCUGGGCUACCACAAGUGGGAAUACACCCCGACAUAUCGUGGUUUUGAUACAUUCUAUGGUUUUUAUAAUGGGUGGGGAGACCACUACUCUCAUGAAAUUGACAAUAUAUUGGACUUAAGAGACAACAAGGAAGCUGUUCGUGACCUCAACGGCACAUUCGCUACAUUUGCCUUCUCCAAGGUAAUAAUGAUCUUCCAGUUAACUCGGAUAAUUGCUUUCUCUGUAUCGAUCAAGGCAACCGCAUGUCCUUAAAUUGGAUCCUUGCUACUUAAGAACGGACAGACGGAAGAAUUCAUAGGAGGAUUAUGUCAAGAAGAGCAAUAGCAAGUGGGAAAGACAAAAUUUUAAAUAAGGCUCAGUCGGCGAAUUGCCAUGAUGACUAUUAGGAGACAGUCUUAGAAGGAAGAGAUAGGAGUAGCAACAACCUGGGGCAAUGAAAGACUUUUAACCUAUUUCGUACCCUCAAUUUACAGUUACAGUUUCUCUGACUUUUCCCUCUGAAUGAUAUAUUGCAAUUAUACUCUUUUUUUACCUCAGAGAGCGAAUAAGGUGAUCAAAGCACAUAACUCCUCCACUCCUUUGUUUUUAUACAUGGCAUUCCAAAAUGUUCACGCUCCACUCCAAGCUCCCAAACAUUAUUCUGACAAGUACAGCUUUAUUAAGAAUGAAAAACGUAGGAUGUUUGCAGGUAUGGUGGAUAUUAUGGAUGAAGCCAUCGGCAACAUUACUCAGGCAAUGAGGGAUGCAGGGUAUGUAACCCGGCGAUACCCUUAGGAAUUUGCAAUACUUCUUCCAUCCGCCAGAGAUUUUUCAUUCGCGGUUUCGGGUUUUAGCCAAGUCUUCAUGGUGACCCGCGCCGCUCGAAAGACGUGUCGACCUUCGGCCGAUCUUAAAGCAUCUUCACCGCACUCAAUCGCCGUACGCAAGAAAAAACCCCUGGUACCCAGAGUACAUUCUAAUUAGCUAUAAAUCAGCUAUUUUCAUGUUAAUUGACCUCCAAGCCCCGUUUUGCAGUAUCUCUUUUGUAUUUUGCUCUUUGUGACGAGGCUUGGGGCCAAUUAACAUAAACGAGCAAAGGGUGAGAUCUUUUAAUCCCUUCUUUUACGGACACCAAGUUGGCCCUCUUCAUCCAAAGAAAAUGACAUUCCAUGCAGGUAUGAUCUAGAGAAACUCCGAAAUUGAAAGGGAUGAUCUUGCAAACGCGACGUCGGACCGAAAAUGUGUGGAAUAAGAUGGUUCACAGCCUCCCAAACAAAAGGGCCGAAUAUGAUUUUAAUGAUGAUGAACAUAAAUAUAAAAGAAUAAUAAGUGGAGUGAAUAAGGCUCUGUUUUGAUAUUUCAGUUUGUGGGAGGACACCCUCAUGGUUUUCACUACUGACAAUGGAGGAUGGCAUGAUCACGGCGGAUUCAACUGGCCGCUUCGAGGGGAAAAGUUUACCUUAUGGGAAGGAGGGGUGAGAGGGGUAAGCUUUGUCCAUGGAAACAUGCUUGGUAGGAAAGGAGUGAAAUGUGAAGGCCUCAUGCAUGUUACAGACUGGUUUCCAACAUUGGUCAAUAUUGCAGGUAAACAUAGCUGUUCUGGUAUUUUAUGGGUUAUUUCUCAUGACGUUUCGAUACUUUUAACAAGGUUAAAGCGGAGGUUUGAUUAAUGAUGGCCUAAUUGCCAUUCUUCCUAGUACUUCUUUAAUUAUCACUGCACGAAAAAGUGGAUUUUCACAAAUUUACUCGGUGCAAAUAUAGUGCGAAAAAGUGCAAACUAGAGGGAAAUCAAAAGCAAAGAUGGUAAAUACCGCAUUUGCAUGCCAGUUUACAUCUUUGCCCUUUAUUUAACCUUAGGUUGCACUUUUUUGCACCAAAUUUGCACUGCGUACAUUUGGUUUAAACCAAAUUUUUUGUGCAGUGUAUUAUGAAUUACGAGCAAUUUAUUCUUUAGAUAAAUUUGUGGUUGUAUGCACUUAUCUUAGACGAGAUGACCAAUACGUCUCAAACGAAUUAUGCGUCGAGUUUAUAAAUGGAGAAAUUUUUGCACAUUGAAAAAAUGAGGACACAAGUCUCACUAAACAGAGGCUCACCCGAUUCUGAAACGCCAAAUGCAACCCAUUAUUUUCGUAUUUUGCGAUAAUUUUUAAGGCGUAAAACUGUGCCCAAUUAUGACCUAUGAAUUUCUCGCUCUACUCCAGGUGGUACUAUUGAUCAUGCGCAGGCACCUCUGGAUGGUGUGAAUGUGUGGAACACCAUUUCUAAAGGAAAAUCAUCACCUAGGAAGGAGAUACUACUCAAUAUUGAUUUAAAACAUAAACAAGAGAGCGAUGAAUUAUCGGCCAUCACUUAUUACGAAGGCAUUGCUUUGCGAUCAGGUGAAAUGAAGCUUCUUAUGACUGUGCCUAAUUCGUCUUGGUAUAAGCCUCCUGAGCUUGAAGGAAACCCAGACCACAAACAUUACAUUGAUUGGUCACAAGGAGGAAUAAAGGUAUGGGUAAAUAAUAUGCAACUAUCCCCCGAAGGGGAGUUGGAUAGUGGUGGUGGAAAUAUGCCGAGGCACGAAGCGUCGAGGUAGCGCUGUUCGUCGACCCUGAAGGGGAUAGUUGUUUUAGUAUUUACCAAAUCAGUUGGAUAAAAAUGAAAAAAGUAACUUUUUGUAAAUUAAAAUCGUCACUUAAUAGGAACUUUGUUUACAAUUUACAAACAUUUCGGGAAUUUUGUCAAGUGCAUUUUUACGAUUUUGUUGCAGAUUCAGCAUGAAAAUAAUUUUAUAACUACAAGUAAACAAUGACAAGCCAAAGUUCGUCUCUUUCCUGGUAUUUCUUUGUUCGACUACUUCAUUUGUCGCUCAAACUUCCUCUUUCGAAAAUGUCUCGAAACGAGACGCCCUCUUGGCUCCGGUCGAAACAGUGAAUAGCUAAGGAUAUUUCGAGUCACGAGAGCCAAUCAAAACGCGCGAAAAUUGCUAUUCACUGAUUAGGUAAAAAUUAAUACCAGUUAAAUCUAUAUCAUACUAUCAGUUUAUGUUCACACUAUACCGGGUAGCUUUUUGUGGCGGCACGAAAAGCUAUAAGGUAUAUUGAUCCUAUCAACUUUAAACUAGUAAGCACAUUUAAGUGUCUUUUUUCAUCGAUAAAUCGUUCAAGUGCCAUAGGAUAGAAACUUCUCCGGUCCAAGAUGCCACCUCCGAAAUCCGAAAUCGAGUUUGAGUCUAAAAUAAAAUAAAUCGUUGGGCCGUUUCUCUCUUUCUAAGGGCCUACUGUUGCUCCUAGAUCGGAUUUAGAUGCCAAAGGCUCUGACUUUUUUUCAAAAGAAUCUGAUAUGUCAGUAAGUUUAUAGAAUCGUUAAAUGUUUUUGCCGCCUUUCAUAACUUACGAAAGAGAAUUAGAGUUCUUCUAAGCAUGAUCUAUGUAGAGCAUAUCCUAGCUAGCCCAUUUUUUGUAUUUACUAUAGAGUACUCCAAGUGUCACUCCAAGUACUUUAACGGUGGCUUUGUACAACAUUACCGCUGACCCAACAGAGCAUAUUGACCUUAGUGAAAAGCUUCCAGAAGUGGUGAAGAAAAUGAAAAACAGAGUGCAAUACUACAUGAAGGAAUCUGUACCUCCACUUAACAAACCUGAUGAUCCUAGAGCAACUGAAAAAGCUUUGGAAGAAGGUAUCUGGACUCCUUGGGAAGACUGAAAUUUCUCCUGAGGGCAGUAUUUUGAUUAGAGAUACGCCAGUCAGAGGAAACCUUAAUUUUAAGCUGUAAAAAAUCUUUUUCAUCGUUUUAGAUUAAGUGGAUUUCGAAUUUGUUGUGCUAGUUUAAGUUCCUCUCUUUCUAGGCUUUGAGUUGCAACUGUAAAAACAAAUAAAUAUCUAAUAAAUGAUAACAGGUUAAGCAAAUAAAUGAAUGAAUAAAGGAAUAAAUAGGACCGAGGGUUUAAAGUGGUUGACGUCCUUUGUGGUUUUCUGUGUACCCACCCCAGAUGGAGUUGGAAAGGGGUUUAAACGCGAAAACUAACAUGUGAACAGAAAGGAAAUGAGGAGGGGAGGUUGUGUCAAGAGAGAAGGAGCUCAUUCUCUCUUGGUUGUGUACAUCCGUUUCCACGUUGUUCGAUGUGAAAAAUUUGAGAGCUGCCUCUCGUCUUUGCGAAGCGAACUAAAAACCCUCCACAUAUUUUGCUUGUGGUAGCCGAUGAUCUCGGUUGGAGCAAUGUUGGAUUUCAUGACUCAAAAAUCAAAACACCGAAUAUCGACAAACUUGCUUCAGAAGGAGUCAUCCUUGACAUAUAUAAGACACUUAAAUGAACAUAAAAUUUGUAUAUAAAAUAGGCAUCCCAAUUUGCAAAUCACUGAAAAAAGUUAAAAAUUCGUCACAAACUCAAUAGAAGUCAUAAAAGAUAUUUCCACCCUAAAACGAACAAACAAAAAAAACAAACUUACGCAGUUUUGUUACGAGUAAGAUUAAUUACAGGAAUUAAAGGAGACGUCACUCUUGCCAAGCAUAAAUCAAGUCACAAACAAUUCUUCCAACCUGAAUUUCUGAAAAAAGUUUGCGUUGCGGGGGCUUGCGGACAGAUAAACGGAUGUAGUAACACUUUCCUUGAGCAAUUUCUUUAGGUCGGCUGCGGCAUGAGGGCAAGAAGGAGCUUGAAUUGUGUACCUAAGUUCUUCAGUUUCACACUUUAUUUUGCUUAUUUUUCACUUUGCUCGGUUACCUUUGUUCUUUUUAGUGGAAUAUAUUACAUAACCCCUGAUCAUUAUUCACUGUCUGAAAAGUUCAUGAAAGUUGGUGAUGGCUUUGAUUGUAACAGGGGAGUGUGGGGCUCAAACAAUAGCUGAUAACAAUCACAAAACAAUGCAAUAUAUAUUCCUCUACUCAUAUUUCCCUUCUCAAAAAAAAAAAGACGUGUAACCUUCCCAGUGAAACAACACAAGUCAGAUUUUGAACAACGAUUUAAUAAACUUGCCACAUUGUUUGGACUUCAUUUGCUUCGUCUGCAUUUGUCAUAGCACAAUGUCUUUCAGAAGAGAAACCUGUGUCACCAGCCGCGUUCGCGUUAUUUUCAAACAAAUAUGACACAACAACUCCAACUCGAACGUUUAACUGUGACUCGUCGGACGUCUAAUAUAAAAAUCUGUCGAGAUUGAUGGUCCAAAAGGGCCUCCAAAACUGCUCUGCCUUAACGUUAAGAAUACUUUUCUUCCUUUCUGAUAAAACUACUGUUUGACUACUCCGCAUGAAUUGACCAAUUUCCAUAUUUUAGAAUUCAGCCUCAACAAUUCGAGGCUCUUGGGAAUAAUCAUCUUUAGAAAAUAGACCAUUCUUGAUAUAUUAAAAUUCAUACUUGGCUGCGAGGCUUGGAGGAAUAAAAUUGAGGUUCAGCAAUGAACAAUACUUUUCUUUUGUUUUAUUCCCCCCCAAGCUUCGCAGACCAGUAUGAAUUUUAAUAUAUCGGAAUUGGUCGAUUAAAUAGUUUAUUAUUUACUGUCUGGGGUAUGUAAUAUGUUCGAGGGCGAUACCAGGUAAAUAUAUAUAUCACAUACACCCUCGUUCCAGAUAAAUAACCCUUACAUCACCACAACAUGAAUUAUUAACGCCUGCUCUUUUGACUGUUUUUCUUCUGCUUUUCUGAAUAAACACGCUUUAAGAGAACAAAACGUCAACCAACAGAAGCAGAAGUACAAUACUGCGUGGACAUAUUUUCACUUUCUCCAAAACACGCACUGGCGCGUGAAAAGGACAUCCCUCCUCCCCCCUCCCCACCACGUUGGGGGUUUCUGAGGCGUCCAGGUGGAAAAACAACUUGUUUCUAAAUUUUUUAUCAUUUAAUCGCUAUGACUCGGAUGUCACAUUAACGUAAAUCGUUCUCAAUUUUGUGACAGUUGGACAGUUUGGAACAUAGUUCGCUAGAAAAUGGGCAGAAGAGAGCAAGAAGAGAGGCCGCCGCAGGAUUUUGUCAACCAUAGACACCUCUGUUCGUAAACCGCCUCAAUUUCUUCAUUUAAAAAUCUCGAGGGUAAAUCUAAAAGUUUUCGAUUUCUGGGCAUUGGGAAGCGGACACCUUGGCGGGAGUGCCCCUUCAGCGUGCUCUUGUUAAAGUCAGAUUUCUCUAGUUUCAUUUAAGUAGAGAAAUACUAUUUGUACGUACCAUCUAACAGACAUUGAUCUGAAUAAAGUCGUUAAGUUCAAACAUUGUGGGAAAUAUCCUCGUUUCGCUUUUGGCUGCCUUGUCAUACAUGUAUCUUCUUCAAAACGCCCCAAAUGUAGUCUCAGACAGCCUAAUCCCUCCCAUCCUCGGAGACCCGGGGGCAGUCAGUCGGGUCGGGAGAAAAGGCGGGACGAAAGUUUUCAAGUACGGGCAAAAGAGCCCCUGGGUACCGACUCUCACCGAGCUAUUUCUAAAAAUUCAAGCGGAUGCCGGCUCCUGAUUGGGCACAAAAAGUGCUUGUAUUAUUGUGCCCAAUCGGCGAACAGUUUGUCCUGAGUUCCCCUUUUCAGCAUCAAAUUUCUUCUUGCACUAUCAAUGUUUUGUACAAAAGAGUGGUCAGGAGAAUUAAGGACAUGAUCACACAAGAUGAAUUUGCUUGAUAUUUUAUCAACUCCUUCCCACUACUUCUACAGAGCAUGAAUAGGCGCGACAAAUGAAAAUUUUAAUUUUGAUCUUAGGGUUGGAAGGGUUAAAUAUAAACCUAAAGCCGACUAAGAAUCGUACUUAUUGGAGCAGCAACAACAGACUAGGAAGAAACGACAGAACAAAGAAAUUUAUUAUAUAUAGGUCAAAGCGAACUUUGGGUAAACAAUUUCUACCACAUAAAUACGUUUGUUCAAGAAAACCUACGCUUUUACAGGUGUAAUAUGCCAGUUUUUAAGCUAAAUAGACCUCUUUUUCUUUCAGUUAACUCACAUUCUCAAAAAAAUAAAAUAAAACAAAACAAAACACCGGAGACGAAAUUAAUGUCAUCCCUAUUGGCAAGUAUCAUCAAUGCAUAUGCAUUCUUAUUUGUUUUACUCACAGACCAAUGGGAGCAAUGUGCAACUCGCACAGUACAACAUUACUGCUGACCCAGAAGAACGCCACAAUCUCAACAGGAAACUUCCAGAAGAAUUAAAGUCAUUGCUAGCAAGAGUGCGCUACCACAUGGAAGGUGUGGUUCCUCCACCAGCUCAUACGUUUGACCCUAAGGCCCAUGCAAAAGCAGUAAAGGAGGGUGUCUGGUGUCCUUAG